GGCAGUGGCCGCAUCAGCUCUUGCUACCGUUAAAGGCUCCAGGUUGGUUAUGCCGCAUUCUGUGUCGCUGUGACCGGCACUUGCCGCGGCAGUUAUGGGGUGGACAACCGGAAACUCCAGGAACCGAAAAAUGGACCCAGUGACCUUCGAGGAUGUGGCUCUGAACUUCACCCAGGAGGAGUGGGCUUUACUGAAUCCUUUGCAGAAGAAACUUUACAGAGAUGUGAUGCAGGAGACCUUGAGGAACCUGACCUCAAUAGGAAAAAAAUGGGACAAUCAUAACAUUGAAGAUUGGUACAAAACCCAAGGGAGAAAACUAAGAAGUCAUAUGGUAGAAAAACUCUGUGAAAGCAAAGAAGGUAAUCAAGAUGGAGAAACUGUCAGCCAGAUUCCAAAUCUUAAUCUGAACCAGAAAACUCUUUCUGGAGUAAAACCAUGUGAAUGUAAUGUGUGUGGGAAAGUCUUCAUGCAUCAUUCAUUCCUUAAUAGGCACAUCAGAUCUCACAGUGGACACAAACCAUAUGAGUAUCAUGAAUAUGAGGAGAAGCCAUAUAAAUGCAAGGAAUGUGGGAAAGCCUUCAGUUACCGCAAAUCUGUUCACAGACACGAAAGGACUCACACUGGAGAGAAACCCUAUGAAUGUAAGGAAUGUGGGAAAGCCUUCACAUGGCUCACAACCUUUCGAAGACACAUGAUAACACACACUGGAGAAGGACCCUAUAAAUGUAAGGAAUGUGGGAAAGCCUUUAGUUGUUCCACUUCAUUUCGAGCACAUGAAAGAACUCACACUGGAGAGAAACCCUUCGUAUGUAAACAGUGUGGUAAAUCUCUCAGGUCUCCUCUAGGUUUGCGAAUACAUGAAAGAAGUCACACUGGGGAAAAACCCUAUGAAUGUAAGCAGUGUGGUAAAGCCCUCAGUUGUCCCAGUUCCUUUCGAAGACAUGAAAGGAUUCACACGGCAGAGAAACAAUAUGAAUGUAAACAAUGUGAGAAAACCUUCAGUUCUCCUCUAGGUUUGCGAAUACAUGAAAGAAUUCACACUGGAGAGAAACCCUAUGAAUGUAAGGAAUGUGGUAAAGCCUUCAUUUCUCUUUCAAGCGUUCGUACACACAUGAUAACACACACUGGAGAUGGACCUUAUAAAUGUAAGGAAUGUGGGAAAGCCUUCAUUUGUCCCAGUUCGUUUCGAUCACAUGAGAGGACUCACACUGGAGAAAAGCCAUAUGAAUGUAAACAGUGUGGUAAAACUUUCAGUUGGCCCAGUUCCUUUCGAAUACACGAAAGAACUCACACUGGAGAGAAACCCUAUGAAUGUACAGAAUGUGGGAAAACCUUCAUUUAUCGCACAACCUUUCAAGGACAUGUGAGAAAGCACACUGGAGAGAAGCCCUAUAAAUGUAAGGAAUGUGGGAAAGCCUUCAUUUCUCCCUCAAGUGUUCGAACACACAUGAUAAUGCACACUGGAGAUGGACCUUAUAAGUGUGAGGAAUGUGGGAAAGCAUUCAAUUUUCCCAGUUCAUUUCGAAUACAUCAAAGAACUCACACAGGAGAGAAACCCUACGAAUGUAAACAAUGUGGCAGAGCCUUCAGUUGUUACACAUCCUUUCGAACACAUGAAAAAACUCACACUGGAGAGAAGCCUUAUGAAUGUACAGAAUGUGGGAAAGCCUUCAUUUAUCGCACUACCUUUCGAGGGCACAUGCGAAUACACACUGGUGAGAAACCCUACAAAUGUAGAGAAUGUGGGAAAGCCUUCAGUCGACCCAAUUCCUUUCGAAGGCAUGAAAGAUCUCAUACUUAAUAGAAACCUCUUGAAUGUAAGCAAUGUUGGGAAAACAUCAGUUGACCUUCAUUCUUACAUGUGAAAACUCCCACUGGAAAGAAAGCCUAUAUGUGUAAGAAAUCUGAGAAAGCCUGAUACAAAUUAAUCCAUGUAUAAUGUUCCAGAAAAAAAUAACAUGAAAGAAUAAUUCUUAGAGUUAUGUCUUUAUCAGUGCCUCAUUCUUAAAGGGGAUCUCUCGACUGGAGAUUUACUACUUAUGUUCAAAAAUGAACACUGAAGUGAGAGAAUUCUGUAAGUACUGUGUAAGCAGUACUACAUAAUGAUUAACAAGUAUUGUUUUGCCCUUAAAUCAACAUUUUUCUCUUCAUUUUGAAGCCUGUUUGAUCCAUGGUUGAAUUGACAUGUAUGUCUAAUAUGCAGGUUGGUUUAAUUUUUAUGUUUUGAUUGUUUUGUGUGGGGCUAUUGAUAAAUGACAUUUUGAUAUUUGUUGGGAUUUUCGUACUGGCCUCCUGUAGUGCCAGGUAUUGGAUAUUCCUUACCCAUAUAUAAUCAAUCCUUAUGGGGAAAUCUACUCUUGUUUUGGCCAGAAGAGCCUUAUUUCAUUUUCCUUGCUAGUAAAAGAUGGCAUAAAUUUGUAAAUAUCGUAGUGUAUAUAGUCUCGUGUGAAUUUCUAUGUUUUGCUGUUUGCUCUUUGUCAUUCCUUCUGGCUAGGAUUUGAAUAAUGAAGAGUUUGCAUUAACACAUUAUUGACUAGGGGACUUUUGCAGAAACUAGCACCUGUGGCCAGCGAUUUGUUAUGUAAAUGAAUAUUGAAACACCCACGUUUGAGUAAAUAUCAACAACUUUUUUUGCACUUAAUGUAUUUAUUUGAAACUUUGUACAUGUCUUACUAAAGCAUUCUAAUAUUUCUUUAGAGUGUGAUAGGCAGUAUAGCAAGCACCUCUGUGCAGGGGAACAGAACAUCUAUUACAAACAUACUGUGUUUCACUGCACUUUCCCCUGGAAGAGCAGACUUUUUGGUGGCAUUUUUUUGGUCCUAUAGGUAUUAUUUUCUCUAGAAUAUGUUCUUUUAUUUUACUUGAUAGUCAACAAUGUGGAUCUUUGCGGGAUACUCUUUUAAAAAGGCCACAAGAAGGACCAGGUGCGGGACUACCACUGCAUGCACCAGAAUGGUCAGUUACCCAUUCUCUAGCUACUGCUAACAAAAAUUGCUUGUAAGUCAUUUUAUUCUGUGCAUUAAGGCUACAAUAAAUUUUAAAUGCAUUGAAUAAACUGCAGUUACUCAAAUGGAAACCCAUUUUCUUAUACCAUUUUCAAGUUUUCCAGAGGAUAUUUAAGUUUGCCAGAUACUGAUCAGAUUGAUCAACUCCUUUCAUAUAUUUAUUAUGCUCUAGUAUACAAGUGGGCUUAGUUAUCUGAUGGCCAGUCCUCCUGUCUUCCUUUCCUGUAGAUGCUAUGGAGGCGUCAUGAAUAGUUGUCACCCUGCGGACUAGCCUCUUGUCUUUCCAUGUAAGAAGAAUCACUUCUCCCUUCCAUAAAAAUGUCAUUUCUCCCCUCUGUAGAUUUUUAGAUUUCUCCUUUAAUUGGUUUGGUAGACCAUGAUUCUCUUUUAUAGUCCCACAAACUCUGGUUUUAGUUUUCAACAAUAUUUCAGAUGUGGACACAUUGUUGUAAUAAUUGUCUUGGUAAGUAUGGUGCCAUGAACCAAGAUAAGGUUGUAGGACUGAUAAUAUUGUUUCUUGCAGUUUCUUUACUUCACGCAUGUAAGUCUCAAGGUUGCAUAUAUACCCAGUUUCACUUUCGCUAACAGUCCUGACCAAAAUUCCAUAUUUUGUAAGUUUUCCAGGAUUUGAAUCUGAGUUGUCCUUGCCACUUUAUCAUUCUCUCAUCAAGUUAUAGCUCUUGUUUGGGUAUACAGAUUGAUUGAAAUUUUGGUAGAAAAUAAUCCAAAAGAGGUGUAACUUUUGAAAUUCUGCAGGAAGUGGAGUUUUCUGAAUUAUCAUUAAAGUAAAGAAACAUCAUUAUUUGUUCAAACAUUCUUCUCGUCAUAAUCUUUGGAAGGAUAGGUGUUUCAAUUAAGGGAUCAGUCGACCAGUAUUCUUUCCAGUAUGACUUUCUUAUUUGUCCCAUCAAAAGUAUUAAUCCAAGAAACUUCUUCGUGUCACUAUUGGUUACAUCAGUCUAUUUUAAAGCCUUAUCAUACUUUUUAUAUGAUUUUUCAUUCUGUUGGUGAUACAAGUUUGAGAAGGAACCAGCUCAAAAAAGUUGUUACCAAAAAUUCUGUUAUUUCACUAACGUUUUGUGGGUUAUUUGCACCUGGCACACCUGUAAAGUCUUCUGAUUUUUGUGAAAUGUUGUCUUCAAUCCACUCUUCUGUAGAAGCAAAGGAGCAUUCUCCAGCACUGUGAGUUUCAUUUUCAUUUCCUGUAUCAGAAUCAAUCACUAAGGUUUUUUGUCUUUUUUUGGUCUAAUAUUCACAUUGUCUGAAUCAGAACUAUAUUCUGAGACACUAGCAUAUAUGUCAUGUGGACAAUCAGAGAAACUAUCUGCAUAAAAUUCACCAAAAAAUUCUUCACUCCAAAUUUCACGAUGUGUCAUUUUUGAAAAUUUUAUGGUCAUAAACUUGCAUUUAUAAUAUAUACAAGAUUGGAACAAAAACCUAACGGAGCAAAAUGUGAAUGAUAAUGACAAUCACAAGUUGUAUGAUGAACCUUGA